GUUUCCUUAUCUGGCUGAAUUCAGUCUGAGAAGAAGGACUGUUGUUUCUAAUGAUGAAAGAGCUCCACCCUCGUGCACUGCCACAGCUGCUCUGCCAAUAACAAAGGCAUAGCAUUUUCCCUCUUGUGCAUCUCCAAAAUGGAUGCUUUUCAGGGCAUUUUAAAAUUCUUCCUUAAUCAGAAAACUGUUCUCGGUUAUAGCUUCAUGGCUCUGCUGACUGUGGGAAGUGAGCGUCUCUUUUCUGUCGUGGCUUUUAAGUGCCCCUGCAGCACUGAGAAUAUGGCCUAUGGGCUGGUUUUCCUCUUUGCUCCUGCCUGGGUGUUACUGAUUCUAGGAUUCUUUCUGAACAACAGGUCAUGGAGACUCUUCACAGGCUGCUGUGUGAAUCCCAGGAAAAUCUUUCCCAGAGGCGACAGCUGCCGUUUCUUCUACGUCCUCGGUCAGAUCACCCUGAGCUCAUUGGUGGCUCCAGUGAUGUGGCUUUCUGUGGCUCUGCUCAAUGGAACUUUUUAUGUAUGUGCCAUGAGUGGGACGAGAAAUUCAGGACUCCUGGAACUGAUUUGCAAGGGUAAGCCCAAAGAGUGCUGGGAAGAACUUUACAAAGUAUCUUGUGGCAAAACUAGCAUGAUACCCACCAUCAAUGAAGAACUGAAACUGUCCCUUCAGGCCCAGUCUCAGAUUCUAGGAUGGUGCCUGAUUUGUUCAGCAUCUUUCUUCUCUCUGCUCACUGCAUGUUAUGCUCGUUGCCGAUCUAAAGUUAGCUACCUUCAGCUGAGUUUUUGGAAGACAUAUUCAGAAAGGGAGAAGGAGCAGUUGGAAAAUACGUUUCUGGACUAUGCCAACAAGCUGAGUGAGAGGAACCUGAAAUGCUUUUUUGAAAACAAGAGUCCAGAUGCCUUUCCCCUGCCUACGUUUGCUGCCUGGGAGGCUGCUUCAGAGCUGCAUUCUUUCGACCAAAGCCGGCAACACUAUAGUACCCUCCACAGAGUGGUGGACAAUGGUCUGGAACUUAACCCUGAAAAUGAUGAGACGACAAUGAUUCUUGUGGGUACUGCCCACAAUAUGUAGUUCAUCCACCGACACUUACUCAUGGUGUUGAGUGGUGUGCUCAUUUUGGGAUUCUCCUAAUGUAUCACCAGCAACCUCGAUAUCGUCUGUAUUUUCUUACAUUUAGAGUAUCUUUACAAGACAGUAACACAAAGGAAACUGCUUUGAAGCUCUCAAAUGGAGUAUCAGAAUGUGCUCAAAUUGAUGCUGAGGGGUCACAAAGGUGCUCUUGCGUUGGUGGAGAGUGGGCUCAGUAGGCCCAAGUGUUGCUCCAAGAUCUAAGAUUUUAUCAUUCAACAGACAAACUUAUGUGAGAGGGCUCAUCAGUCUCUGUAAAUAUUGGUUGCAGAAUUUAGGGGCAGAGGCAAUGGCUUGUGAAUGAGCAAAUUACUCUUAACAAAAUUGUCCUACACAAUGGCUCCUGCAGUGUGAUCAGCAGGAUAGAAUUAAUUCCCUCAGAAUCUGAAUACCUCAGUCCUCAAAAAUAAUUAGUUGCAAGAAUAUGAUGCCUAAAAUUGAAAGUUUUAUGCACGUUUUCACUGUAUACUGAAAAUAUGCCCCUGGAAGCAUCAUGAUUUUUGUGGGUUUUAUGUACUUUUGCCUUUGUGAACCACUUCCUACUUUCAAUAUAGUAGUAAUAAAUAUAUAGAUAUAUAGCAAAUAUAUAUUUAUAACUGCAUUGAAAAAGGUGAGUAUAUUAGCAUUUUCUUCAACCUAAAAGUUUAUACAUUUUCUUCUGAUUUUAAAAGAGAUUAAAAACAUUUUUGUGGGCCCUUAAAAGUAUGGUGGGCCUUAGGCACAGUGCUUACUAGGCCAUGGGUACAUCUUAGUGUGUUUGGGCUACUAUAACCAAAUAUCAUAGAUUAGGAGGCUUAUGAAAGAUAGAAAUUUAUUUCUUACAGUUCUGGAGGCUGGGAAGUCUGAGAUCAGGGUGCCAGCAUGGUCAGGUUUUGGUGAGAGCCAUUUUCCAGGUUGCAAACUGCUUGCUGACUUCUAGCAUCCUCCCAUGGUGUAAAGUGCAAAUAAGCUCCCUUGAGCAUUUUUCAGAAGGCACUAAGCCCAUUCCUGGAGGCUCCACCUUCAUGAUCCAAUUAUCUCUCAAAGGCUUUGCUUCUUUUUUUUUUUUGAGACGGAGUUUCGCUCUUGUUGCCCAGGCUGGAGUGCAGUGGCGCAAUCUUGGCUCACCGCAACCUCCGCCUCCUGGGUUCAGGCAAUUCUCCUGCCUCAGCCUCCUGAGUAGCUGGGAUUACAGGCACGCGCCACCCUGCCCAGCUAAUUUUUGUAUUUUUAGUAGAGAUGGGGUUUCACCACGUGAACCAGGAUGGUCUCAAUCUCUUGACCUCGUGAUCCACCUGCCUUGGCCUCCCAAGGGCUUUACUUCUUAAUACCAUCAGCUUUGGGGUUAGGAUUUCAACGUAUGAAUUUGAGGGAGACACAAACAUUCAGACUAUAGCAGGGUAAAUGAGCCCUGAUUAAAGGUCUGGGACACUGUUCAAAGCAGUACUGACAUAAAACUGUAUUUCAGUCUUACACUUAUCAGAAAUAAUGCAAAUUUUGCAUUCUACAAUGUACUAUAUCCAUGUUAAUGUAUACAUAUAUAUGUGUAUGUGUUUAUGUACAUAAAUUCUUAAAUCUCUGAGUAGAAUUAUGCUUAAAAAAAACAAUGUUUUGUGCUGUGGCUCAUACCUUAUAUCAGUGGGAGCCUAUAUCCCCUAGUUUGAGAAACAUGAAUAUAAACUUAUUACCGUGAAACAUGAUGGCAAACUGAAUCCUAUAGGUAUAAGACCCAGAACAUGUCUAUGUUAUUGCCAUUUACAAACAACCAACUAUAGCAAGAUAUCUUUGAGAUAUUUAGGGAAAUAUGAAUGAAUAUUAGAUGACUUUUAAAGAAUUAUUAAUUUUGCUAUGAAUGAUAAUGGCAUGCUGGUUUAUGUUUUUUAAAAAAUUCUUCAGUUAGAGAUGCAUAUUUUAAUAUUUGUGUGUGAACUGCCAUGACGUCUAGAAGUUUCUCUAAAAUACUCUAGGAAAGGCAGGGCGCAGUGGCUCAUGCCUGUAAUCCCAGCACUUUGGGAGGCCAAGGAGAGUGAAUCACCUGAGGUCGAGAGUUCGAGACCAGUAUGGCCAGCAUGGUGAAACCCUAUCUCUACUAAAAAUACAAAAAAAAAAAAAAAAACUAGCUAGGCAUGGUGAUGAUAAGUGCCUGUAAUCCCAGCUACUCAGGAAGCUGAGGCAGGAGAACCGCGUGAACCUGGGUGGCAGAGGUUGCAGUGAGCCAAGAUCAUGCCAUUGCACCCCAGUCUGGGAAACAAGAGAAAGAUUCUAUCUCCAAACAAACAAACAAACAAAUACUCAAGGAAAAAUAAAAGUUUAGGGAGAAAGCUGAAAGAUGAAACAAGAACAGCAAAAUAUGGAAACUUUUGAAGUUGGAUGGUAGGUACAUGGAAUUCAUUACAUUAUUCACUUUACAUUUGUAUAUGUUUGAAAAAUUUCAUAAGAUACACAACAAAAUAAUUCAUAUGCUAACCUCAGUUAUUUUGCUGAAGUUUUGUCAAUCGCCUCCUGCUUGGCUAGAGUUUACCUUCUAGUACCAUUCUCAGCAAGGACUAGCAGGAAUGUCAUUCCCUGAAUUCUUUUUUUUUUUUUGAGACGUAGUUUCGCUCUUGUUACCCAGGCUGGAGUGCAAUGGCUCGAUCUUGGCUCACCGCAACCUCUGCCUCCUGGGUUCAGGCAAUUCUCCUGCCUCAGCCUCCCUAGUAGCUCGGAUUACAGGCACGCACCACCAUGCCCAGCUAAUUUUUGUAUUUUUAGUAGAGACGGGGUUUCACCAUGUGGACCAGGAUGGUCUCGAUCUCUUGACCUCGUGAUCCACCUGCCUCAGCCUCCCAAAGUGCUGGGAUUAUAGGCUUGAGCCACCGCUGAAUUCCUGCAUAUUUAGCCUGUUGGCCUGUUCUCUACUUGAAGGACAGCUUGGCUCGUUCAUACUUUGUCUAUGUGCAUGUAUUGUAAGGAUUAUUUCAUUGUCUUUUGUCAUUGAAUAUUGCUGAGAAGCCACAGCCUGAUUUUUGAUGCUAUCUUUAUUUUUUUCUUUAUUACGAACAGGAUGUUUUAUCCUAUAUUCUCAUUGGUUUCUUUCUUUAUCUUUCACAUCCAAAAAUGUUAAAUAAGCCUUCAGGUACAUCUUUUUGGGUCAAUUUUCUGCUAAAAGUUAUUGUGGAGAAUCAUUUUGUUUUAUUUCAAUAAAAGAGUUGGAAAUUUUUCAACUUA